CCUCCAUCUGCGCUCCUCCCACCUGCCCCUCCCCCGCCACCUCCAUGUUGCGCACUGGCCGAGCACGCUCAGUCGGCAGAAUGGCGUCGCUCGUCUCGCUGCCGCUGCUGCUCGCCGCCGUCGCUCAGUGUGCUCCCGCAGGUCUUGGUGGGCGUGGCUUGGACCUCCCAGGAGGCGGAGUCCGACGUCAGAACCUACUGGCCUACGAUGACGAGGGCGCGCCCUAUGCCUGGCUAAGGGAUGAGGGCUGGAGUGGGCGGAGCUUGGAGCAGGCCCUCCAGCGGUUGGUGGCGAAAGGCCAGAGGCGGGAGCAAGAGGAACAGCGAGCAGCCUACGCCCGCGCCGUGCUCCGCCUCCUCGCCGAGGUGGCGGGAGACGACGUGCUGCUGGAGGAGGACGGAGCACGUGGAGACUUCCGGGGUCGGCCCCCCGCCGACUAUGAAGAGACGGGGCGGGGCCUGAGCAUGGGCCGGCCCCCGGCGCCCUGGUGGACGCUGGUGGCGCCGCAGCUGCUUGAGGCCCUGAUGGACAGGAUGGAGACGCAGGUGGGCGGGGCCAGACACGAGCGACUCCAACGAGACGAGGACGAAGACGAAGACGUGAGACGUAUGCUCGCCAGCCUCCUGUCCGUCGUAGGCCCUGACCCCGCCCCCUCCGGCCGCCGAGUCCGACGCCACGUCGAAAGCAUGGGCUCCACCCACAGGAGAAGCCGGCGGUCCCUGGACGACGCCUCCUCUCCGUCACCUAGCGACCAGCCGCCGCUGCUCAGAGUGAAGCGGCUGGACGAAGAAGAGGCGGGGCUACGACGAGUGAUACGCCGCCGAGCCCUGAGCUCCGCCCCCCAGGUGAUGCUGGGCUACAUGAGGAAGUAGGAGACGAGGAAAGGAAAUGAUGUACAUUUGUGUUGAUGUGUGUGUGUGCGACUAAUAAAGUUGAAAACGUG